UAGUCUGUGGAACAACACACAGCGACAUCAUCUCUCGGGCGCGAACACACUUUCUACCGUCGGACUGCGUUUGGCUAUACCUACUUUGAUUUUAGAAAAGAACAAAAACACAGAAUACGCUAUGACAGUUAAACAACGAUGAGAAGUGGGCCUCUUUUAUGUUGAUGUCUAAUUUCUACCUUUUUAGGGUGGAAAUGCUUUUUUUUCGCUCGCGCGUUGCUUUGCCAAUGAAAGACGAAGAAGAAUGCUGGCAACUCAUAAAAUGGCGUCGGUGAAGUAUUUCGUUUUUUCCUGACGCUCAGGAAUAAGAGGCGGCUGACUGGUGAUACGGAGCGCGUGUUAUCAACAAAAAUUAUCAGGGCAGUGUAGCUCGACUUAUUCGCGGCAGUGUUCGAAAGAUUCGUGUGCGUAAAAGUAUACAAAACGAAAUUAAGUACUUGUCACACCAUUGAUAGAUAACCCUAUUGUGUAAGAUAAAAGUGAAGUCCUAGCGACAACAUAUUGUGCAGCAGUUCGAAGUGUGUUUUGUAGUAAUUAACUGAUAACGGAAUCAAGCUAGAUAACACGAGUGAAAAUGUGUGCGGCUCAAACGAAUCCGCCCGCAAGUUUCGGCUACACAUGGGGCUUUGCGGACAAUUCCCGCACCGAGUCGGUGGUAGAGAUUAGCCCUAACAUCAAUUACACCGUGAGCGAUGCGACGAUGCCAUACUUGCAGUUACCGGACGGUGCUAGCAUUAUAGUGCAGAAAGAUGCCAAGGGUACGAUCACGCACGCCAACAAGGGUGUCCGGAGGAUGAUCGUGGUCAACGAUCCGUCAGCGUUACAGCAAGGCACAACGCAGCGUAUUAUCACCAGCAGUGGUGCCACGGCUACCGUUACAACUCAUCCAGCAGUAAAGAAACACGAAGUUAUAAAUCAAUCUAAUUCCGCUCUAGCCAACGGAAUAAUUGACUCAAAAUCAAAGGCCAUCGUUACCACAAGCAGCAACACGGCAUUCAUGUCUCCACUUGGACCGAUCCAGCUGACGGCAGAGGAAUGCAACGAUAUCCUGAUGAAGCGAGCAGCGGCGGCUGUGGCCGCCAACAAUCAACAUGCAAACUCGACCAACACCGAUGCACAGCACGCUGCCAUCGCCAUUCAAGUGCAGAAGGUUAUCCAAGGACUAGAGGACAAUGAUGAUUCGCAGGGACACGCUACAAUCACGACGCAUCAACUGAAGAUCGAACCAACGUUAAGCAUUUCACCAAAGCUGGAAGCUGUAGAAAUUGAUUAUAAUGAGUAUGUGCAAGAAUCAGACACACCAACACCAAACGUAGUUCCUAAGGAACGGCCAUACUCUUGUGAUCAGUGCGGAAAGUCCUUCUUGCUGAAGCAUCACCUGACGACACACGCUCGUGUCCAUACUGGUGAACGACCCCACGUAUGCGUCCACUGUGGCAAAGAUUUCGCCCACAAACACUGUUUGAACACCCAUUUGCUGCUUCAUUCGACCGAUCGUCCCUACCAGUGCCAGGAAUGCAAAAAGAGUUUCACGUUGAAACAUCAUUUGCUGACGCACUCCCGAGUCCAUAGCCGUGAGCGCCCGUUCGUGUGCCAGGAAUGUGGCCGAUCGUUCCCGUUGAAACGCCACCUUGUGACCCAUAGCAAGUUCCACGCCGGAGAACGGCCCUAUGUGUGUGAGGAUUGUGGAGAGAGUUUUGCCCAGAAGGAACACUUGGUUAUGCAUUCGCGUUUCCACGGUUCGUUGAAUCCUUUCGUGUGUCCGGAUUGUGGAGCCACUUUUCCUCGCAAAUUCCAGCUGGUUAAUCAUGGAAAACUCCACGGACGUAUUCCGCAUUCGUGUACCCUGUGCGGAAAGGAGUUCUUGCAGAAGCGAACACUCGCUGCCCAUAUGAGAAUUCACACCGGAGAUCAACCGUUCCCCUGUAUCGCCUGCGGUGAGGGCUUCCGGACAAAAUCGGAACUAAAUGCCCACAAUCGGUUGACCCAUGGCGGAGUGAACCCAAAUUCAUCCAACACCACAAUCAUAACCACCAAUACGGUCGUGACAUCCAACGCUCAGAACCAACAAGCGCAACAGCAAGCCCAGCAACAAGCGCAGGCUCAACAGCAAGCUCAGCAACAAGCGCAAGCCCAACAGCAGCAGCAACGACAACAGCAGCAGCAGCACCAACAACAACACAUCGAAGUUCAACAAAUUCAACACCAUCAAGGACAGCAAACCGUCCAGGAUGUUAAUACGGGUAACAUCAUCACCACAAUUGCCGCCAGUCAGAGUUCGCCCGAAACCUCCCCGCGCCCUCAGUACGCGUGCCGAGAAUGUGGCAGUGCCUUCAAUAGUCGUGAAGCACUUGCCCUCCAUCUGCGCCUACACACCGGUGAUAAGAGCUUGAUGACGGACCUUUGCGCCCUUACGGCUGCCAUUCCUGGACAUUUAUUCCCAGCCGUUAACCAAGAAUAUUCAUUAAUAGGAGGUGGCACUACCGUUGUAAGCACAAAUCCUGUAAUGUCAUCAUCUCCCGUUCCAGUACAAAUUAUCACCUCCUCCGGUCAGGUGGUACAGCAAACGUUGCAACCGCAGAGCCCACCACAGCAACAGGUCCAAGUACAACAUCAACAGACUCAGCAGCAAGUCCAAACUCAGGCAACCCACCAGCAGCAAGUUCAGGUUGUUCAGCAGCCAGUCCAGCAGCUUCAACAGGUCCAACACCAGCAGACCGUUGUGGUCGCACAAGCGAAGCCCAAAUCCCACUAUUGCGGACACUGCGGCAAAGGAUUUGCUGCUAAACAUGGUCUUCUGCUGCACAAUCGUCGCCAUCCGAAUGGAGGCUGCACCGUGCGAACACACAUUUGCGAGUGCGGAAAGGCUUUCUUCCAGAAGAACCAUCUCAUGUUGCAUCAACGGCAGCAUCUCGAGCAAAAUCAACGUUCCGGACAGGGCCAAGCGCAGGCGCAAAGUCAACCCCAACAGCCGCAACCGCAACAGCAACAGCAACUGGUUGUUAUUCAACAGACAAAUCAAGACGCUUUAGUUCAACAACAACAACAACAGCAGCAGCAAGCCGCUCAACAGCAAGCACAACAACAAGCCCAACAACAACAACAGGCUCAGCAGCAUCUAUUGCAACAGCAGGCACAGCAGCAGGCGCAACAACAGCAGCAACAGCAAGCCGCACAGCAGCAAGCUCAGCAACAGCAAAACCAAGCCCAGAACAAUCAACAGCACACGAUGCGCAAUCUGGUUAUCGCUAACCAGCCCGUGCAGGUACAAUAUGUUCAGGUUCUUGAGAGCAACACCGCCCAGGUUAUCAAGUACGAAAUCAUUCACGACUCGUCAAGGCAGUCGAACGUCGAGUGAGAGGAGGCUAUGCUCCGUAUAACCAAACCGGAUGGUACGGAGGAAAUGAAGAAAGUAUUCAUACUGAAAAAUGAGGUGGGAUGAAAUAUGCUGAAUACUGCUGGAACGACUGUUUCUGCUGUUGGUGCUAAUAAUUCAACAGUGGGCAAUAUUGGUGGCCACAGUAGCAAUGCAACUUCAUCGCUAGUAAUGCCAACGGCAUCGGCCGCCGCAACGACAGUCGAGGCACCCCAUGGCAUGGCCAUUGCUACAAGCACCAACGGGGGCGGUUUCAUUAUCCAUCAUCCAUCAGGGGCCGUCAUUACUUCACAACAAGUCCCUCAGCAACCACAAGCGCACCAACAGCAACAACAGCAGCGGCAAAAUUCUUGCGCUGAUAUCGAGGAUAAAAAUGGCAUUACUGUAAAUAUAGCUCACCAUCAGCAACAUCAGCAGCAGCAGCAGCAGCAACAACACCAACAGCACCACCCACACUCGCAGCAGAUAGUUAUGGGAGAGAUUUUGGAUUACAAGGAUGCAACUUUAGUCGGUACUGUGGGUGGAGCCCCAAGUGGAGAUAAUCAUCACAACUAUGCGUCUGCCAAUGCAAUCGUUGUCAGCGAGAGCGCUGAUUACCAACAUAUGUAUCAGCAACAGCAACAACAACAACAACAGCAGCGAAUAGUUCAUCAGCACCAAUCGUCAGUGGCAGUUGGUCCCAUUGAUUAUCAACCCGGACGGCAUCCGGAGCUUAGUACUAUGAUUAAACAUGAAGUCUUGUAAUCCGUUUUCUCCUUGAUUUCGUCUCUUAGAAAUUUCCUAUCAAGCAAUGUUUAUGUGUAUAUUUGCCUAUAUUUUUUGAUACAAACAAUAUUAUUAUGUUGACCAACAAAGUUAAGCUUUCAUAAGGGCGAAAAUGUGACCAAUUGAAUAGUUUAGUUUAACCAUGUUAUCAUGAUUUUCAAUUGCCCUAGAAAAUGAGGAAAACCGCUACUUUUAAGAACGAAUUGGAUGUACAACACUAUUUUUGUACAAAAACUAAUAUGGUUUAAUUUAUAGCAUUUUUUCCUUCUAAUAGGAACCAUAAGGAUAAUAAAUUGUAUCUAAUUUACUUCGAACCUUGAAAGUAUAAUUUAAGCCAGUGAGCUAGAGAGAACGUCGUUUCGCCAGAGUAUACACUAGAAUUUCACCUUGCGUUACUUAUAACAAGAGUUUUAAAAUGUGUUGCAGUUUUUUUUUCUUUAUCACACAUCGUGUACAUAGGUACGACAGUAUGACGGUAGAUGAUAUUUUCUAAGAUGUUCUACCAAGUCGGGGAGAACAAAACUAUUGAGGAAAGUAAAAAAAAAAUGUUGAUCGUAUUUUUAUUGUAGUGAUAGAACAUAGGCACAUACAAUUCUUUUUUGUUAAGAAAUGUGAACCGAAACUGAUCAAUAAAACGGGAGAAAGAAUCAAAUUGUAAAUAUAAAUACUGAUUGUCUACAAAUCGCGCUCCUAUCGCGAAGAAAUCGAAACAAUAUAGGUAUCUACACAAGAACUGCACGACGAUUCAACGAUGAUAAUCAGCAGUAACAGAGGAAACCAACACAUUUGUUUUGCGGCCAUAUUAUUUCCUGUCUAUUUUCGAAAAGUACGUGAGUACCUUUCGCCAUUACAAACAAACAUGCGCUUAGUUAUAAAAAAAAAAAUCAGAAAUAAUGAAAUAACACACUGUGCACAUAAUUUUGCGUUGUGGUUUAUUUUUGCUUUAUGUUAAUUAAGUUAAAAUAAUAAUAAUUUUAUUAAUACAGAAAUAGAACGAAACCAAUCGAUUCUUAAAAAGAAAUGCAAUCGAUCCGCUGGGGGAAGUACUUUUAGUUUGGAGACAGUCACUAAUUGAUGUUUUAGGAAGGUGUAAUUCUUUAGAUCAUAACAUACCUGGUACGUCGGAACGUUGAAUCAACAGCUUAUAAAGCUGUACACAGCUACACUUGACGGGAAAAACGAUAAAAUGUAUUUGGCAUUGCCGAAAAAAAGGACAUCAUGAUGUUAGGCAGUCAAUGUAGACGGGCUACACAAAAGUGCACAGUGUCACAAUGUAAGGAUGGCAGUAAACUUGUAAAUUUUAAGAGAAAGUUUACUAUUAUAUGUAAAUCGUGAAAAAGAGCAGAUUUGUGAAUAAUAAAUAUUUUAAUAUUCAUAAAAA